ACUGUCUCACUGUGUUUAAUCCAGUGUAAUGAGUGUGGUGCAUUUGAUCCUUUGAUUUUGGUAAAGUUACUGAGUUUUAAAUGAGCUGGAUGCCGGAGGUGGAAUUCAAGAAAUUUUCAACAGUCCAAACACGAUGAGAAGAAGGCAUGUUCUGUUUGCGAUGGAAAAUAUUUUAAUGUGCAACAUUUCUUAGUUGGAGACCUUGGUCAUCACACCCAGGGUACAGGUGGAAUUCCUUGUGAUCGAGGACAGAUUCUCCUUUCAAGUUUAAUGAAAGGACCUCAACUUUGGAAACUGAUUGGUUAAGGAAGUAAUUAACAUCAUAUAGACAAGCAAUAAUAUUGAACGAGGGGAACGUAUAGUGGUGUAUCAUCUGUAUAACAGCGGAUGAUAAUCUGUACUUGCAGAUUAUCUGAUCCAUGGGAAGUAGAUGGAGAAUAAUAACAAUGUGAUAGACUUUAAAAAAUUAAUAAUUAUGGUUCAUACUUGUGGAUGUGUCUAAUGAGGUAUUUUGUUUUAGGUACUUCAUUGUCAAGUAUAAAAAUAUAUACUUUUGUACUUUCACUUAAGCAAAUUGGAGUCUAAACUGUCUUUUUUCAGUACUUCUUAAAACAGUUACUCACUAUAACUGUUUUUGUAGGAAAGGUCAUAGUUGGAAGGUAUUUUGAGAAGAUUUUCACUUUUAAUAACAGAUGUUCCUUUUUUACAGGUCAAAAAGAGCUUGUUGCAUGUCAAGGGUGGCUCAAUAAAUCCCACUGGCAUCACUGCUCUUUUUUUUUCUGCUGGAAGGGGGAAAAUCCAUCCGGCGUAUCCAGAUCCUUAAACAAUAAUCUCAGUGUUUUGGGUACAAUGAGAUGCCUUAGACCUGUUUUCAUGUGGAGGGAGUGGAGAUCUUGUUGAUUUUCAGUAGGAAUUGGAUUACCAAUCAGGGGAUUAUAUUCACUCCUGCCAGAUUUUUUUCUUCCCCCAGCUGGUGAGGAAGAUUAUCUGAUUCUCUAAUUACUCUUUUAGGUCUUUUUCAGCCUUAAAACCUGCUACCUCUGUGUCCUUUGUUGACUUUCCCGAUGGUUUAUUGUAGAAAAAGUGCAAUGUAACAUUCAUAAACUCUCUCGUUUCUCUUGAAGUAACUGCUUCUCCCUUUUCUUUCAGCCCUCCUCCGUGUGCGUUGAUAGAAGCUGAAAAAGUUAAGAAGAUUUGGCAGCUCAGCAGCAACCAGCCAGCCAGUGAGGGAGGAACAGGUUUCCGGUGGCCAGAGGCAGGCGGCUCACUUGCCUGGGAUUAAGUGGGAUCGGGAGGGAUUACAGCCCUCCCUCUCUCUCUCUCUCCCGUUCAGCUCGAUGAAAGCGUAGCGCUCUGUCUGCUCUCCUGGGAAUAUUUUCCCAUCAUAUAAACAUUUACCUGCUGCUGUGCUGGAGCUGACACCGGCAGGAGGAGGGUGACGGCGCGAGGAGUCCUCGAGGCUGCAGGUGUAGCGGUUACUGCCCGUCCUGGCGAGCAGCAGCAGGUGGUCAGGGUCAAAGGUCAAGCUUUCUGUAACCAUGAGGCAGGCGGUGGAGGCUCAGGUGUUAAAUCCGCACUGUGAGUUGGGAGAACACGGUUUGCGUCAGAUCCUGUCUGACGUCAUAGAGGAGGUGAGGCAGUCUGUGAGUCAGGACAUCGACGGAGCAGAGAUCCUCCACAGUCUGCUUAACGCCGCCUGGCUGCAGUCACUUCUCAAGGUUUAUGAGUGUUUGCAAAGAUAUCUAAGAGAUUCUCCUGCACCAGCUCUGGAUUACUCUUCGGGACUCUCGCUUGAGUUGCUGAUUGAUAUCAGGUCCUUACCAAGUUGCUCUGAAGAGGCCAAAGAGCUGUACCAUCUUCUGCGACAGCCACACCUGCAGGCCCUUCUUUCGGCUCAUGAUACAAUAGCUCUGAAGGACUAUGAGCCGGUGUUGCCCCCAAUGCCAGAAGACCUGCCGGACGAUGAGGAGGCCACCCGGAUCGUCUGCCUGGUGAAGAAUAAACAGCCACUGGGAGCAACUAUAAAAAGAAAUGAGAUCACAGGAGAGAUUUUUAUAGCUCGGGUGAUUCACGGAGGGCUUGCGGAUCGCAGUGGUCUACUCCAUGCAGGGGACCGGAUCAUAGAGGUGAACGGUUUUCCUGUGGAUGGGAUGGAGCCUGAGCAAGUUAUCCAAGUUGUGCAAGCUCGGUCGCAUGGCACCAUUAUGUUUAAAGUCAUUCCCAUCACAGAAAGGCCGGUCCACAACCAGACCAUGCUAUACGUACGGGCCAUGACUGACUACAGCCCUCAGCAGGACCCGGCCAUCCCUUGCGCCGAUGCCGGCAUGAGCUUCAGAAGAGGCGACAUCCUGGAGAUUGUGGACCAGACAGAUGCCCUCUGGUGGCAGGCAAAGAAACUACCCAGCAGCACAGCAUGUGCUGGCCUCAUCCCCUCCACCAACCUCCUCAAACGGAGGAUGACUUUAGAAGCAACAUUGAAGGAAUAUAUUUAGCGGGCUUUAGGCGCAGCAUGCGUCUGUGUCGGCGGCGGGCUCAUAGCACCACCCAGCCGUCCUGCAACACCCGUUGCACCAGCAGCUGCUACAGUGCCCUCAACAGUCCAUAUGAGGAGGUGGUUCGUUACCAGCGCCACUCAGAGGAUGUACACCGCCUCAUUGUCCUCUUAGGUCCGUCUGGUGUAGGUGUGAAUGAACUUCGAAGGCGUUUGGUUGAGAUGAACCCAAACAUCUUCCAGGGACCAGUGCCAUACACUACAAGAGCACCCAGAGGAUAUGAGGAAUCUGGCAGAGAAUAUUUCUUCGUCAGCCGAGAAGUCUUUGAGAACAUGGUUUAUCACAACAGGUUUCUGGAGUACGGCGAGCACAAAGGGAACAUGUACGGCACCAGCAUUGAGUCUGCAAAGGAGGUUUUAAACAGCGGCAAGAUCUGCGUCAUCGACAUUGAGCCAAACGCCCUCCAGGCAGUGAGGACACACGAACUGAGGGCCUUCGUCAUCUAUGUUAAGCCUCCGACUCUGGAGCGCCUCAGGGAGACAAGACAGGACUCGUACAUCACCACCAACUACUACGUCAACCGGCCAUUCAAAGAUGAAGACUUCCAGGAGAUGGAGGAAGCAGCACGGAAGAUUGAGUCAAACUACUGGCAGUUCUUUGAUCAUGUGAUCAUCAACAAUGAGCUGCAGGACUCCUGCGUUGAGCUGCUGACAGCAGUGAUGAGGGCGCAGGACGAGCCACAGUGGGUCCCUGCCAGCUGGAUUCGACCCACGUCAGAGUCCUAGGAGCAAAGUAGAGGAGAGGAUGUCGGGUCAAAGCAGUGAUUCUU